AGUUCAGGAGGAGGGGAAGGAGAAUAACCUCUUCACAUCCCCAGUUUGCUGUUGUGCGCAUGCUCAGACUGCGCUGCUGUCUUAUUAAUUUUUAAUGGAAAAUGGCUGCGUUUCUUAUCCAAACCGCUGGAGCUGGGAGAUGAAAAAAGGAACCAUCUAGCUGACCACAUCUCACCUCUCACCGUCGCUCGCGUCGAAACUACCCGAUGCGGUGAUCGUGUGUUAGCGAACCGAUGUCCUGUGGCGAGAAAAUAUUCUGGAAAAUGGAUCGACUCGCGCUUUGAGGGGGAUGAAAGAUCAUUUUGCUCCUUAACCCUUUCUGCUCCGAGAUCUGCGAACAAUCGAGAAGAUGAUGCGCCAGGUGACAACCAGUGACUUCUGCAUGAACAGCAGGCCGUCGUGCCUAGCAGAGGACAGCCACCACCCCACUGCUCACUUUGACCUGUGCACCUCACAGGCCAGCAAGUUCUACCCUCCUCCCCCUCCAUCAUCCCUCCAGAUGACACUGGCUCCCAUGGCCUUACCCACCCAGAGCCACAAGCCCAUGGUGUGCCAGAGACAGGAAGUUCUUGGGGGUGACCCCCGCUCGCCUGGAAAGCUAGCAGGCUUAAAAAACACCAAUCAAGCAACAGAUGAUGCCAAGAAGAAGAACAAGUCUGUCGGGAAGACGGGCAGACGUGGGAGGCCUUUGGGAACCACCAAGCUAGCUGGUUACAGAACCAGCACAGGGCGACCACUCGGUACCACCAGAGCUGCCGGGUUCAAGACGAGUCCGGGAAGGCCGCUCGGUACGACCAGAGCGGCAGGGUAUAAGGUCAGCCCCGGGAGGCCUCCUGGCAGCAUCAAGGGCCUCUCUCGCCUCAACAAACUGGUUCACAGUAGCACUUGCAGCGGAGCAGCUUUCCCCUAUCCACUACCACACAAAGAAAUCCUCUGUGAACCUUCCUGCAAAGAGAAGCCCGCUAAUGAGUAAAGCCUGUACCCCGUUUCUACUUCACCCUUCGUCUCUGGAAUAACAGACAGACACGCACAGGUUUCCUGCCACAUAUUGAGGGUGAUUGCAAACUUUCCUAGUCUGCUGUGAGGCAGAGAGAGAGGAGGAUUUUUCUAUUAUUCGUGUUUGUGUCUUUUGUGUGCCUGCCACCUGAUAAAAUUACUGUUUUUCAGUGCUAGAGAUCUAUAGUGUGCGAAAGGUUUCACUACACAGUGUACACAUUGCUGUAUCUGUUUUCUGGGGAGAAAAAAAUACCAGAUAUUCAUUGAACAAGAGGCUUUUAUCCAGCAGCUACUGUGGUAGUUAAGUCUUAGAGUGUUACAUGUAGCAUUUUAACGCCAACAAAUGUUGGAAACUUGGGCUGUCCUGUCAGAUUUUCUCUUCACAAUUAUUGCCGAUAACGACAAUAUUAUUGCAAUUUUGCAAGUUCAUCUAUACCGUUGUCUAUUGCAUAAUUUCUUUUAAGGCAAUUUAAUUAAAUCUCCAAAUAAAUGGAGGUAGCAAGAGAGUGUGUAACCAUAGCCAUGCAAAAGCAUAGAAUAAGAACAGCUACACAAUAAUGUUUGAUGUGAUAUUGAUAAUUUAUUUUUAAAUGUCAUGGUUAUCGGGGAAACCUCUCAUGGAAACGAUUCAAAAUCUUGUUCGAUGUAAACAAGGACAUUAUUGCUGAAUUGCUGAACUGCAGCUUGUAAUUUAAAUGAGCUGCCAUCAUGAAAAACAGGCAGGUUGAUAGGAAGUAAAGAAAUAUAGUUAUAGAGGAAAGGUUGGUAGUCUAGUGGUGUGCUCAGUGGCACUUCAAAAGUAGAAAUCUAAAUAUUUAUCCAGCAUCCCAGAACUAAAAUCUGACCGAUCCAGUUCCACUCAGCUCCUCAUGUAACACACAAAAAAUGUAACUCCUCCUAAAAACAGAUUUUAUUCUCUAAAUGUCACAUUGCAAAAUAUCUACAUAUUAUUUGCAUGCAAAACCACUGACUCAACAUGCAGAUCGUUGUUAUCCAGCUAAGGUUUUGUUUGUAUUUUUUUUAAACUAAAAGUAUAAAACUUAAAAAAAAAUGUAUACACCUUCACAGCAACACCCUUCGUCUCUGAUGACCUGCUACAAAUUGGCUAAAGUGGACUGUGGUUGCCUUUUUUGUUACAUAUUCGGCACAGAGAAGCUGUAGACAUUUGGAUGGAUGGUGUUUUUGUACUUGAUCACUCUUCACGGCCACUAGAUAGUCCCAGCAACCUGCUGGCUUAUUUGUGGUGGGACUUGUUUCUCCACUCUCUGCUUUUAUCUGCUAUUCUUUUGCAAAUUUCAGCACAAAUACCAAAAUAAUCAUUUUUUUAAUGCACUCUUUUUCUACACAGCUUACUUUUACAAGAACGGCAAACUUAAUGUCUUAAAAAAGCAACAUGCCCAUUUAAAAAUAUGACCUUCCUCACUGUUCCUGCUCUGGAACAACUUUUAGACAUGUUUUGUUUCGUUUUUAGGAGGCACUCGUGUUUGAAACGCAGCUUAAAUGUCCUUAUAUUGAUCUAAAAGCUUCAUUUUUGGCUUUGCAUUUAUCACUCCUACAGCAAAAUGUAAACCCGUGUGACUGUUUUUAGUGUGUAGAUGUCUGUAUAAAGUAAGAGAAAGGGUACACUGCUUUAUUCUAAAAGGCUCACAUUGUAGAGGAAAAUCUGUUACCUACUAUUGUGUUCUUGUUUUGUGUCAAACCACAGGGUCCAUUAGUUGGUGUAAAAUAAUGAAAACUUGCGCUAGUGUUACAUUUGUCCCAAGAUAGUGAACAGAUUCACAGAUAUUCAGAAUCUCAUCUGCUAUGAAUGUGUUGCUGAAUGUAGUUCGAUUGAUAUGACUUUUAAAAGUUUGUGUUAAACACUUUUACCCAGCUAAAGACUCAAAGGUCUUAUUGGCAUCCUUGCUCACAGAACAGAAAAUACACUGCCUGUCAAAAAAAAAAAAAAAAUCUAAUAAUUUCUUGCACUGCCUUUUUAGCUUUGAUGACAGCUGGCAUUCACCAUGGCAUUGUUUCGAUAAGCUUAUGCAGCGUCACCAAGUUUUUGUCCGUACACAGUUGCAUGCUCCUGCAGGGUUAUGAAAGCCUGAAAUAUGAAAUAAUUGCUAGAAAGUUCUUUAAAUUUUUUGAAAAUGGAGAGUUUAUUGAACUAUCUAGCAAAUUUGUUUGAAAAAUGAAAUACAUUUUAAUUUCUAUAUAUGACUUUUAAUUUAUAUUGUGUUUGCUACAUCUUGCUUCAAAGGAAAUGCUUAAAAAUGCAUUUUUUUAGGUUUGUUAUUGGGAAAAAAUCACACUGAUGAUAUAACUCACAAAAAACUGAAUGUAUGUAAUAUGAAACAAUAGGCGUUAAAGGGUUAAAUCUGGCAAUUUUUCCAUUGCUGAGUAUAUCUUUAUACUUCCUACGAAAUUGAACCCUUUCCUACCCGAUUACGCUCAUUGACAAGUGGUUUUGUUUAGUCCUGUUCUUUUUACUCUGUUCUUACUGCCUUACUGUAAUGCGAACUUGGAAAGCCCCUACCCAGUUUUAGUAGUUUUAUCAGUCUCUUUAGUUGUUUUCUUUGCUUGAAAGAAGCCAAUAAUUCGACCCUUCCAACAUUCUUGAAUGAAAAAUGAGAAACUACUAAUAGUUUGGGUUAAAUAGUCUGCUGUCAGCUGAAAUAUGUUAAACACUGCAGUAAUUAUUCAAUAGAAGGCUCUUCCUGUUUUGUUUUAUUUUGCUUAGUAAAAUGUGCUUUUUUUGGCCAGGCAGUGUAUGGACAAAAUGCUGAAAGUAAACAAAUGAGACCAUCUAAUGAGGCUGUCUCCCACUACAGGCCUCUAGGUUUUAGUGGGAAAUCUGCAGAGAGAGGGCGCUGUUCCUCCACAGGAAAGACGAGCUGAUUGCAACAUUUGGUGAUCACACCAUCACUGCUGUGAGACUCACAGCAAAUCAUCACUUAAAAUGUAACGUUCUAACGGAAAAGUUUAAGAAGCUCAUUAUUUUUUAAGUGAUGACAAAGUCCAAUCAUGCUUAUUGUUUAAGGUUAGUAUUUAUUAUGCAUUUUUAGGUAUAUUACCAUAACCCUGUAACGCACUUGAAGCCGACUGUUGGCGAAAGCGAUGUUUUCUGAAAUGCCAGUUUAGUAUAAAUGUAAGAUGCACAAAGCUUUAUUGGUUUAAUAUUUGUGACUUUACAACACGUGUAAUACACAUAUAGUUAAUGAGAAUUUUGAUGCAAAAUGACCAAUUGGCUAUGUAACUACUUGCCACUAUAAUUUUUUUAUUUAAUCAUUCAGCAAAUAAUAAUUUUUGGUCUUUAAAAUGUUCCCUACGGAACAUUCACUUUUUAAUUGUAUUAUUCAUUUAUGGGUGGAUUUAAAUCCAGAGAGUGGAGAAAGUGAAACAGUUUCACUAAGUCGCUCUGCUAUGAUAACAUUUAAAAUAGUUACAUUUGGUGCAAUAAUCUGUUGUAUGUAUUGUACUGUGGAAACUUUGAUACUAUCACUUUUUAUCAUUGUAUUUUUAAACUUGUGUAUAAGGCCUUUUAUCAUUGGUUUGUUGACGUGCGUAGUGUUAUCAGAGGUAAUUCAUACAAACAUCCUCUUCACCCUCCUUUACCAAAGAAUAUGAUCUCAUCUGACUUGAUCUAAAAAUACUCAAACAACCUCACAAAACAGCCGUAGCGUGAAAAUGUAAAUGGAAGGUAAAAAAGAAACAAACCACUAACUCAUAAAAGAUGAUUGUUUGGCUUCAUCGUUACAUUGUUACAUCUGGGAGAGUAUGUGUUUAAAAUGAGCACACUGUAAAUUAGUACACGUUGAUAAUACAAACUUUACUUUUCAUUGUUUUCUAUUUAUAUGUUAAAUUGCUUCAAAAUUAGACUUCUUUUUAUCCAUAAUUCUUAUAUAGCCAUGUUUGAUAUUUACCUGAUAUUUUCCAUUGAGAUUAUGGUGGAAAUGGUGCCUGGUUUUCUCAUGAUCUGACCUUCUUUUUUUUUUGCACAGUAUUUGUGGCUAGUGUUUGUUAAAUUGUUAUUAUUUGUUUCUAACCCUGAUAGGAUCAAAAUAACUGGGGAGCUUUUCUCACAGCAGACAUUUUGAUAUAUGACACAGCAGGAAAAGCGUAAAUAAGAGCAUACACAAUGGUCAUUGUGAAGUUUGCUCGCAGUGACUUAAACUGAGAUUUGAAGACAUGUUAAGGUUGCUUAUAACGUGUAAGUCACCUUUUAGUAAAAGCUGUGAAAUAUGGCCUUUUGUUACUGCUCUUCAAUCUUCUGGGUAGCUUCUGUUCUUAUAACAUCUGCAACUCACUGAAAAAGUGAACUGUGUUUCUUCAGAUUAUAGGAUGACUGUGUGUUUUGCCUCAUGUGCAACACACACACACACACACACACAAAAUUUGCUUUGUUCACUUUUAGCAGCUCCAAAAGACCUUUACAUCUUGCUAGUUUGCUAUUAGCGGCUAAAAGCUAGAUAUUUGCACACAGACAGCGAGGUUUUGGAAACGUUGCGUUUUUUAAAAUCUGUUAAAAACAACAGUAUUUCACAGCUAAACACCCAGAUUAUGUGUAAAAAAAACCCUCAUCAGGCAUAUUCACAUUUUUAUUGAAAGAGCUUAGCUUGCUCUCAUAUGCAUUUUUUUAGCAAGUAAGGGGGAAACUGUUAUCUGGAUUGAAAUCCAAUAAUUAUGUCACUACAAAUGUCAUUGGGGGGUGGGGGGUUUGGUCAUAAAGAAGCUAAAUGUUUAAUGAGUAUUUUAAAAAACUGCUGUGGUAGAACAUACAUAUAUGGACAAAAGGUUGGUCACCUGCAUGUUAUAUCUAAAGGGGCUUUUUGUGUUUGGCAACCCAUGCCUUGAACUCCCAGUUCAGCUUUCUGUGCCGAUGUUAAUACUAGAAAAGCUUUGGAGCGCGGCAGAGACAGCAGAGCGUUGGUGACUGUUAAACACUAUGCCUCCUCUGCUCUUACUACUUCAUGACUGAGUUGCUGUGGUUCCUAAACGCUUCCACUUUGCAAUAAAACCACUUACAGCUGAUUGUUGAAUAUAUCUAGUUGUUAUAUCUAGACUUGUUACACAGGUACCACAGCACUACGCUUGAAUGCAGUGAGCUCUUCAGAAUGACUCAUUCUUUCACAAAAGGCAGACUGCGUGGGUAGGUGCUUGAUUUUACACACCUGUGGCAAUGAGACUGAAAGUUGUGGCUCAAUGCGUUUGUCCAUAUAGUGUGUUUAUAGUGUAUGCAACUAAGGAAAACCCCCAAAACAUGUUUCAGCUCUUUAAAAAAGACAGGAAGCUUAUUGUGUUACAGGCGUUAAAAGAACAGAAGGUAAUUAUAACAACCGUUAUCUUAAUUAUCUCAAGCUUUGAUAUUUUUAAGUAUAGAUAUAUGCUGAGGCUGGGAUUAGAGAUGCUUGUGGUUGACUCUCAAGUAUUUGACCUUUCAAAGUCAGAAUUUAGGUAAGACACUUUCUGCACCUUUACAGAUUUUCUCUGAAUGGUAAGAAUUUAAGGGAAUGAAAUGAUAAACGUCCAAUGAUCCCAGAGCGCCCUGACUUUCUUUGUGCGUCUGUUUUACUGUAGCUUUUAUUUCUUUUGUAGAAUUGAUGUACAAAAGAAAAAAAGGACAAGGUGUUAUGGUAAUAAUUUCUGAUGUGUAAUUUUUUUUACUUCUAAAGAGGACAUCAAAUAAGGGAUAAGGAAUUGAUGGUGAAUUUGUUGACAUUCCUGGCAUUUUAAACUUUAAUAUUCCAAAUGAACUCAAUGCUGACGCAGUGCACAGUUAUGUAUAGUUAAUUGCUGACUUCAUUACCCUAUAAUGAGUGUUUUUGUUUCUUUCACCCUCUUCAGCAUUCAGUCAACACACGGUCUUUCGUAGAUAAUGAUUUUUAAAAAUUACCUCACAUUUUGAGUGUUUUUGAGACGAUGAUCAGAAGUCCAGUUAUUCCUGAAGUGUGAUUGGAGAAGCGUGUAAAGCUUUGUAUAAUUCCCAUUUUAUUCCUGCAUGAUUGUUGUGGAAUGUUUAAACAAGUUGUGUAAUAAAUCUGAAAGUAACACUG